AUGGCGCCCAAAGAAUCUCGGCGAAAGAGUUUAAGUCUCCUUUCCAGAGCAUCAUUUUCAAAUCUCGCGCAUAUCAACACCGACAUCAACAAUGGCAACACGAACGACAAGGAACAGAAGGAUAAGAAGAAGCUGGGGAAAAGAAGUUCGAUAUUCGGCAGUCUGACUCCUUCAAUGUACAUCGAUACGGAAAAUACAAGCCAUAGUCCUACGAAAGCCGACGCCCAUUCACCAAAACUGCGACCUCGUACACUACAAAAAGGCAGGCCAACUUCAUUAUUCGGUUCCUUGGGGAGAAGGUCGAUGACCGAUGUGGAUGAGGAUAAGGAGGUUACAGGCACAACUCCUGAAUCUCCUGAAGAGGAGUAUCACUAUCUCGCGGCCGGGAUUCUCAAUGCGAGUAGUGCUGUGUCGAUACUUCACCAUGGCGAAGUUCAGACGACGACUUCGAUGUUUAGAAAGAAAAAGGAAUACCUUGUCCUCACGGAUACACACUUGACACGAUUCAAGAGCAUGGCGCGAGCGAUAGAGGCAUUUCCAAAUAUACAACCGGCGCACUUGCGUCAAUCUCAUCGCCAGUCAUCCACUGCAUCAAUAGGGUCGCUACAAGAAGUACAGUCUCAAGCUUCGCAUGCAUCCACGGAGGGCGAAAAUAGAAUUCCUCUGGGUCAGGUUGUCACAGUCUACAAGAUGGAGGAUGGGCGGCCAUUUUUCACAACCGAGGUCGUGUUUUUAGACGAGGAUUACCAUGGAGUAGGAUCCAUUCAGCUUAUGUUACAUGACCCAAAAGAUGCAGAUCUAUGGUCCACUUCAAUAAGAGCGGCUGCGCAGAAAGCCAGACUUAUGAUGUCAGAGCCAUAUCCUGAACGAGUUGUCCGAUACCUUGUUCAGACCUUGGAGGGAGUUGACGACUACGAUUCGAACCAUUUUCAGGUAUUCAGGGUUGUCAAACGAGCUCCAUUAGCAAAGGGCGCGCGCUCUUCUUCGGAUGACCUUCAAAAACUUGGAUCAUCAGUGUUCUAUAUGGUUAUUGGUAUAAAUCGAUUGCAUCUGAUACCCCUACCUGAUUUUAGCCUACCUUCCGGUGCCCUUUUUCAUCCAAAAUCAAGUCGAAAUUCGUACGGCCUUGUAUCCCUAGUUGCAAUGAACGUGCAGUAUUCUGAUGAUCGAUUUGAGCUCGCAUUCAGAACACCACUUCAACAAGCCAAGAUGCUCGAGUUGGCAGCUUCAGCCACACACGAUAUUGCUGUGGUCAUCUUUCAAGCCAUACAGUAUCUCAAACCAGCAUGGCUGGACUAUAACUUCACGUUCAACGGGCCCAUGCGUCUAUUGGAGUCGGGUGAUAUCCCUCUAGUUCACGAAGAAGAGGAGUAUGGGUGUUUUGAUAGAACCUUGGUUGCUUAUUGCAUGGCCUAUAAUUGUAAUCCUGUGAACAUAAAAUAUGCAGUUGAUUGGAAUGUUGAGGAUGCUCCAGAAUUUCGUCUCUACCCUCCUGCCAUGACGGCUAAAUAUACGAUUUACGAACUGCUUGCUAUUUUUAGGUCUUUACGAUAUAACGAAUCUUUUCGCUCAAUUUCCUUUGCAGAUAUUGAUCUUCAUUGUAUGCAUGGUAUUGUGGAUUCCUACGGCAUAGAUCAUGUAGCUUGGACUACUCGAGUAGGGAUCGCGAUAGAUACCUACUUCACCAUGAAGCCACAGGAUGGAUCACUAUUAUAUCAAGAAGUUCAAGCACUUGCUUUGAAGUCACUACAGCUUCGAAAGGUAGAUUUCAGUAAUGCUCUUCCCAGGAGAAGACCGCGAGAUACAUUCGAUGAUGAAGGGGGUGUUCUACAGAAAGAUCCGGGCUGUGAAAUUACUGCAGCAUUGAUGCCAUUGUGCCGCGCACAAUUGACCAAUGUAAAUUGGAUUGUUCUCAACGGAAUUGAGUUGGGAGAAACAGAUCUUGAUGCGAUGAUUCCUGCACUGAAUAAUCCAAAGGCUGAGAUUAGGGCGAUCGAGUGCUCGCGCUGUGGACUUAGUGAUCGAGGGAUAAUGCAACUUUUGACCCAUUUGGAGCGGCAAAACCAAACACUAGAGUGCAUCAAUAUAUCUAACAACCCCGGGAGAAUUCUUCUUGAAAGAUUUCAAGUAUCCAUGAGUCGUUUCUCGCACGUUCGCAAGCUCGACCUUUCCAUGAUCACUCGUACAUCUGGUGACCAACCACUUUUUGUUCCUGAAGUUAUGCUCUCUUGGAGAUUGGAGGAGUUGAUUUUGAAUGGCAUUCCUGUAAACGAUCAAACUUUGGACACAAUCUCUGCCUAUCUUACAAGUGAUAUGUCAAAUCAACUUCGCACCUUGCAGAUGGAUCAGUGCAAUUUGAGUGGAUCGCAUGUUGCUCUUCUCAUGAGAGCUAUGACUCGAGUCGCUGGUCAACCUCGUGAUUUGGAGCUUCACGUAAGUGCCAACCGACUUGAGAAGGGGAUAAGUGAUUUUGUGAAAGCUAUUCAAGAAAACUUCACUCCUACCAAACUCGUGGUUCGGAUGAUCGAAUUUACAAAAGAGGAUUACUUCAAACGAUUGUUGGAAGCCCUGCGCACCAAUACUACGAUUCAGGUCCUGGAUAUUUCGAAAGCGUCCCUUCCAUAUGAUGCAAGUCCGGAGACAUGUGAAACCAUGCAGAGAGUUUUCGCUGAGAACACCACACUUGAGGACUUGGAUAUUUCUGGAGAACAGGCACACUUGGAGGUUACUCGAUUCGGAAUAGGCUUAAAUCAGGCCUUAACCGGUCUCAAAAAGAAUAAUACUUUGAAAUCUCUUCGUAUAGAGUACCAAAACUUAGGUCUGGAAGGAGCAAAUACCCUCUCUUCUGUUUUGGAAGAGAACAGGGGUUUGACGCAUAUCUUCUGUGAACACAACGAUAUCAAUCUUCAAGGAUUCACCAUACUCGUCAAUGCUAUUGCAAAGAACCACACUGUUCUUGAAGUUCCCUAUAUGCAAGACGAUCAAGAUAUUGCUAUGAAACGAAUGAGUGCCAGUAUGAGGGACACACGCCGCGCCACGAGCUCUUCGGGCCGCGAAAACCACCACGUAAAGAGUUCAGUAAAGCGAACGCUGAAAACCUUUGGGGUUGGGGUUGAGAAGCCAAUCAAACAAGAAUUGACACCUCAAGAUGUUGAUCAAGUGGUAAAGGUCUUGGCCGAGAAGUGGAAUACGGAGAUUGGGAGAUUAUCUAUGUUCUUGGAAAGAAACAGAAACAUAGCUAUGGGCGUGGAGGGAUACGAUCCUGUUGAGAUUAUAGGCGAACGUGCCAUGCGUCCUACCACAGCGAUGAGUGACCGAGGGAUUUUAGAACAGGUUUUAAGCAACACGACGCCUAAGAUUGAAUUGGGAAAUCCAGUCGAAAUCACAAAUGAUCGAUUUUCUGGCAUGACGCCAUUAGCAGAGGUAGUUAAUCCUAUGGAAAUGGAAAACGAGAGGCCCGUGGAUGAAAAGGAGAACAUUCAAUUCAAACGUAUACAUUACAAACGCAGUAAGGAUGGAGGUCUACUGCCUGAUUUGCCUUCUUUGGGCAGUGAAAAUAUGUUUGGAUUGGAGGAAAGGGAAGAUACUACUCAACUUAAACCCAAACGCAUAUCUUACAAACGCAGUAAGGAUGGGGGCUUACUGCCUGAUUUGGGUCCGUUGGGUAAUGAGAAGAUGUUUGAGUUGGACAAUGGGUUGUUUGAAAUGGAAUCUUGA